AUGCACUCUCUAGAUCGCCCAAAGCCACCACUGCAGUCGCAACGCCAACGUUGUGUUCCCACCAAACUCGACACUAGCGACACUGCGGAUACUGUUGACCAAACCCACGGCCUCGGUGAUCAUAGCUUUUUGUUACCAUCCCGUCCCAUGAGUAUCGCGACCACAGCAAUGACCAUCACCACAAUGGAUGACAGCAUCGAACCGUUCUCGUCGUCCAGUCUAAACAUGUAUCGCUCAUGGCCAGAGUCGGAGCAGGUUGGCUUGCGAAUACACUCAGACACACGACCUCGUCAUGACAACCUACAGUCCUACCAGCAACAACAAUAUCACGACCUACUGAGUAUAAUCGACACCGAAUGUCUCUUCCCUGACGAUAGCCUCGCCCCGGCCGAUCUUCGCCCAUCCUCCUCCCGCAGCCAUCUCCUUCAAUGGCGACGCAAUCCAAGUGCUGGUUCCGAUUCACCAAGACAUCCGAUGGUAUCUUCUGAACUUCGGCCUCCCACCCCAGAUAGUCGACCGUCAACAACAAUUACGAGAGAAGAAUUCGAGUCUCUUCCACCGACGAUUCAACGAAAAUACUUCACAACUAUCGAACGGUCGCAAUUGGCUCGCUCUCCUGAUUUGGGAAAUCGUCAACGGGCUGGUAGCGUCGGACAAGAUCAACUUCUUUGGUCAUCACUCCCGAAACCUAGAGGCAGUUACGAACACCAAGACAGGCCUAUCACUUCGGAUGCUCCUAUUCAGCACUCGGAUCGCCAACGGAUCACGUCAACGGACCAACGAUUCUACGCUAAUCUUCCUGAAAAGAUAAAGCGUCGUCAUCUUACAGACGAGGAGCUUGUGUUCGCCUACGAAUUGCAGAAUACUGCCAUCGAAGCAACUGAAGAGGUGCAAGACAAGCCUGAUAAGUGUCAAUCACAAGAUAUCAAUAUGCAGUCUCCGCUUGCAAGUCCCAGGUUGUCCAAUGGACGGUCAUCGUUCUCGACUAUGAGGCCCCGGCAAAGUGACAGAGGAACAUCAGGUUCAGACAUGAAGCGACCGGAUUCUUUCUACGAUAGUUUCCGAUGGCUUGACGAUGAAGAAGGUCUUGAUCUGCGUUUGUACCUUGAUGACUAUCACAUCAACCUGCGCGAGGAGGUACCUGUUCCAAACAAGAGCCGCAGGCCAUCAUUCCGCCGUCAUCUGUCGAUUAACAAGUUGCCCUUCGGAAGACCCUCUAUCUCCGACCGACCUGGAUUUGGGGAAGGUCCAUCAUCUCCAACUGUUCUCCCACCCUCCACCUCGCACAGUUCUGGGGUCAGUUCAUCUGGACAUGUGCGCAAGAAGUCUCGGGCUAGAGCAUUGUCUUUGAUAUCUGCCAACAGACAAACACCCUUGCCGUCCCCUUCACCCUUGGCAUCUCCUAUUGACCCUGCUGCGACUCAUUAUCAAGACCCGGAAGCUCGAAAGAAGCUACGGGCUUAUCUUGCGUCGCCACAAAAGUUUGACGAAGCUAUUGAGUUCGGGUUCCCUUCUCAGGACGGACUACGACCUCAAACAGGAGGGGUUUACAAGAACACCGCCUAUGAGCCGGAAAAGUUGCGAAGCUUUCUGGAAGAUGAUCGUUCGUCAAAAUACAGUGACGAUGCUUCUGCAGCCGAGCCUGACUCUCCAAAAACACCACAACUCUUUGACAAGGUGCCUCAUAUUCGAUCACUUCGCAACAGCAUCGAGCAUUCGUCAUAUUCAAGGGCGGAUAAGUCCAUGUAUGACCCUGCAGCCAGCCGAGAGAUGACGCUUCGUAUGACCUUGACGAGGCCUGACUUGCGCCAAAGCGAGGAUCAGAUAUAUGGCUGGAAGCAGAACACCAACAGCCGUGCAGGUUCAGUCCGCGAGGAACCUGGAUUCGCCCCAGCCAUGAAUGCGCGCGACGGGAGUUCUAAACAGAGUGUCGAAAGACAACUCGCUGCUCUGGACCAGUGGGAAGACAAUGCCGAUCAGGAUAGCGGAGCAGUGAAAAGAUUCUGGAAUCGAGUCAAGCGAUCCUAG